AUGGCCGCCUCAAUUAUCAGCCAGGAGCUCGUCCAGAUCUCGGGCCAGGCAAAAAUAGACCUCUUGUUGGUUGGAGAUGACACUGUUUAUCACCUGGCUGAUGCUCUACAGAAGCUUUUUGCAAAUACAGCAGAAGUCACCAUCACCAUUAGUGAUGUGCAGAAGGCAGCCACACUUUUAGACCAUUGCACAUUUGACAUGGUGUUCCUGAAGACAACUUCCUUCCUAAGUGUGGAGGAGCUAGAAGCUGUCAGGUCAAUUAGAUUUGGCAAGAAGAAAAAUACACAUUGGUUGUUUGUUUUUAUAGUCCCUGAAAAUUUUAAAGAUUGUAUUUCAGGGUAUGGAGCUGAUAUUACUUUAACAGAACCACUGACAAUGGAAAAAAUGAGUCUUGUGGUAAAAUAUUGGAAAACGUAUUUCUCAGAUACAGAUAAGAAUGAAAAUGCUAUAAGGGCUGAAGAACAUGAAUUACCCCUACAGAGUACCUUCAGUGAACACCUGGGGUAUUUUUCCACUGAUCUAUUCACUUGCGCUGAAUCUGUAAGAAAUGAUAUUGGACUUGAACUAAAGACUCCAUUGCCAGAUUUUGAGAAAAGCAAAAAGAUUUCCUUUCUUCAUUCAAGCAAAGAAAAGCUAAGAAGAGAACGAAUCAAAUAUUGCUGUGAGCAGCUGCGUACUCUCUUGCCGUAUAUAAAGGGGAGAAAGAAUGACACGGCUUCAAUUCUUGAGGCAACAGUUGAUUAUGUGAAAUAUAUCCGGGACAAAAUCCCUCCAGCCAUUAUGGGCCAGAUUACAGAAGCCCUUCAGAACAAUCGGAGGUUUUGCAAGAAACAAAUGCCUAUCCAGCUAUCCCUCCCAGGCACUGUCUUGGCACAAAGGGAAAACAGUCUGUUGACAAGCACUUACUCCCCUGUGAGAGAGAUCCAGUUCCUGGCUAACAAGUGCUUGAAUAUGUAUUCCAUUGCUACUGCAGGGGACUCCUUGGAUCAAGUUGUGAGAGGUCAAUCAGGCUCCACUUCAGAGAGUGCUGCUAUUGGUGAUCUGUAUAAAACUAGAAUUCCCAGUGCAGCCCUCUCUCUCAAUUCCUUCCAUGCUGUCAGAUAUUAUUCUAAAGUCAUCCCUUCCUAUGAUGCAACUGCCGUAACAAAUCAGAGCAUUUCAAUUCAUUUACCGUCAGCUGUACCAAAAAUCUCAAAGUUUCUUCCCCAGCACUGCAACUCCAUGCUGGGCCAGACGGGUACAACACACCCCAACUGUCUGGUACAUGGAAUGAGGAAACAGGAAGCCCAGAAUCACCUUGGUUAAUCCAGUAUCAAGUGCUGGUUUCAUCACCAUGGAAACGUGACACUUCUGUGGAGGACAGAGAAAUCCCUAAUCUCUCUAUUUUUCAAGGCUGUUUUUACAUUCCAGAAUAAUGUUCUUUCUGAAAACACCAGGAAAAAAUUUUUUUAAAAAAACAACAGGAAAAUGUGGGCACAUGCGCACGUGCACACACAUGAUUAUAUCACAUAAUAUCUUGUAUGCUGCUGAAUUUUACUCUCAGGCUAAAAAAAUAUAUAUUUUUACCUCAAAUCAGAGUUUUCUAGAAGUCAGAUUAUAAAACAAAAGUACGAUUUAACCCUGAUGAAAGAAACUUCAGUGAAACAGAUUUGUAAAAUGCACAAAAUCAACUUGUUCUAAAAAAAAAGUGGUCUGCUAAACUGUGUAUCCCAAGAAGUCUUUGCAAACAGAUAUUUCUUUCUACUGAUUUCUAACCCAGGUAGCCUUAAGGGUGUGUGAGGGUGUUGGGAAUGGUGGUAUUUUAUAAAACAUGAAUCCCUCCUCCUCUCAGCCUAAGGCUACUUCAUUGUGUCCCUCUAAACUUAAAAAAAAAAAUUCUACGGCAUAGGAGUUAUAAGGCUCCAUGUCAUUUUUAAAGUCUCAACAUGGCAAGUACCUUGCAGAUUACUUUCCUCAUAGACCCAAAGUAGAAAUCAAUUUUGAACUAGAAACCUUUGAAAAGUUGAGAACCUUUUCCAUAGCCAUCAUUGUAUUAGGGUACGUACAUAGAAACAAGAAUAAGCUUACUGGUUUCUUUCCCUUCUCCUGUGGGUUCAUACUGAUUUUCUCAUAUUGUAUUCUAAUGCUCCUGAACCUAAUGUUCAUUAAACGUUAAUAAAGGGGGUAAAAAACCCUCAGGAGUCACA